AUGAAACGUCACUUGCCACGUCUUGACACUGCGGGCGCCCUUGUUCCAGUGAAUGGCAAGUUCUACAGGUUUUGAAAAAGUAUCUUUUCUCCUAUCAAAACCUAUAAUUUUUGCUGAUAUCAGUCCUGAAAUGUUCCUGGUUUGUUUGAGCUGGUUUUGCACUUCGCUGCUAGUGUUCGUCAGUGGAGGUAAACUUCCAGAGGCCGAGGUAAAAAUCACAGUUCUGCACAAACCUUUCCUCUGUCAUCGCAAGUCGAAGUACGGAGACAUUCUGCUGGUCCACCAUGAAGGAUAUCUUCAAAAUGGAACUAAGUUUCAUUCCAGCUACUCCCAGGGAGACAAGCAGCCUGUCUGGUUCACUCUGGGCAUUAAAGAGGUGAUAAAGGGAUGGGACAAAGGCCUGCAGGGGAUGUGUGCUGGAGAGAAGAGACGCCUCGUCGUACCUCCUGCCCUCGCUUACGGCAAGGAGGGGAAAGGUAAGAUCCCACCGGAGAGCACCCUGACCUUUAACAUCGAGGUGAUGGAGAUCAGGAAUGGACCCAGGUCACAUGAAUCCUUCCAGGAAAUGGACCUCAACGAUGACUGGAAACUCUCCAAGGACGAGGUGAAGGAGUACCUGAGGAAGGAGUUUCAGCGUCAUGGUUACCCUCCCAACGACACCCAUCAUGAGCAGAUGGUGGAGGACAUCUUUAAGAAGGAGGAUGAGAACGAGGAUGGCUUCAUCUCCUCCAGAGAGUUCACCUACAAACACGAUGAACUUUAACCUCUGAGCUAAUCCCCUAUACUUAUGGCACAGAGAAUCGGGUUACAUGAACAUGAUAUGAUCAUUCUUUACAUUAGACUAGCUGUGUGAAUUGUGAUGCUAGUGUGUGUGUGUGUGUGUGUGUGUGUGUGUGUGUGUGUGUGUGUGUGUGUGUGUGUGUGUGUGUGUUUGUGAUAUUUUUGGUUAAAGUUUAUUUUAAAAGUUUGUUAAUAAAAACGGCUUAUGAACCAUUAUUGAAUAUUUGGUUAAAUGUUGUUUAACUGUUUACGGCUCCUUUUGUUUUUAAUCUACAAGAACCUCUCCAGAGAUAUAUAAUGAUGUAAAACAUUGAUCACAGGAUAACAUAUUUGUGAUAUAGUUUUUAUAAUAACAUAUGAAUGUACUGAAUGUAUUUUGUGUUCACUUUUUAGAGAGGAGG